AUGGAUAUAACAUCGAUGUUUGAUAGAAUUUGUUCAAGUAAUGUUACUAUUGCUUCACAACAACGUAAUGAACCAGAUUUUACAUAUGAACAAAAACAUACAAUUCUUCAUGAUUUAUAUACAACAAAUCCAGCUAGUUUUAUCUAUCGUUUUGGUUCAUUAUUAACCGAUGAUGAAUUAAAACAAUAUUUUGAUCCAAAUGCAGAUUAUAUUCGUCAAAUAGCAACUCCAAAUCGUCAUAAAAUAUGUGCAAAUCGUCGUUUUACAUAUAUGCAACAAUUAUUAGCAAAUGGAACAUAUUUUAGUGAUGAAGCAAUGAAAGAACGAGCACCAUUACUUUAUGAACAAAUGAUUGAAAAAUAUAAUGAUAAUACAAAUAAUCAGCUAGUUAAAAAAACUGCCGAUGGUGUAUUAGCUGAUUUUUAUAUGGAACAUCUUGAAUCUAUGAAUCAUCACGAAAGAGUAGCAGAAGAAUUUGAAAAUGAAGAACGAUUUCGGAAUGAAGACGAUGAUGAUGAAAGUGAAGAAGAUGAAGAAGAAGAAGAUGAAACGAAAUAUUCAAGUGCAGAAAGAGAGUUGUAUCGACAAGAAUUUCUUGCUAUUCAAAAAGAAAAAUUUCUUAAUGGUGAAGAUUCUAAUAUUGAUUAUACAUCAAUCGAUAAUAAUGACAAUCUUGAUAAUAUAAAAAUACGCGAAUAUGAUGAAGAAGAAAAAUAUUUUGAUGAUGAGGAUCCUUAUACAUAUGAUAAUGAUAAAUGA